AGUGUAGUUUUCAUUCUUCCCGCGCAGUGGCGUACUCCCUCCGGAGUUCGAUCAGCAACAAAUCGAAAGUUCGAAAUGCAUUGUGGGUAUUCUGCCAUCUUGAGAUUUUGUAAUCUCGUCGUGAGUGAAUGGUUCGGGAAAGUGAGCGAAGCUUUUGUUUUUUAAUUAUUUAAGGUAGUUUAUUUAAUCCGUGAUUAUGGCGGGCAACACGGGGAUGGAGCAACUCAUCCCCAUAGUGAACAAAUUGCAAGAUGCAUUCACAACCCUUGGGGUUCAUAUGGAAUUAGACCUUCCACAAAUUGCAGUGGUAGGCGGACAAAGCGCUGGGAAAAGCUCCGUUUUAGAAAACUUCGUCGGCAGGGAUUUCUUACCCAGAGGAUCAGGUAUUGUUACCAGGCGACCUCUAAUUUUACAGCUUAUAAAUUGUCCCACUGAAUAUGCUGAGUUUUUACAUUGUAAAGGUAAGAAGUUCACAGAUUUUGAUGAGGUUCGGAAAGAAAUUGAAGCUGAAACAGACAGGCUCACCGGCUCUAACAAAGGCAUCUCAAACAUUCCUAUCAAUCUUCGAGUUUAUUCACCUAACGUUCUCAGCUUGACCCUUGUUGAUCUCCCCGGCAUGACUAAAGUACCUAUAGGAGACCAGCCUCUUGAUAUAGAACAUCAAAUUCGUAGUAUGAUCCUUCAGUAUGUCUCUAAAUCAAAUAGUCUUAUUUUAGCUGUAACUCCUGCUAAUACAGAUUUAGCUAAUAGUGAUGCACUUAAAAUAGCCAAGGAAGUGGAUCCUGCAGGUGUCCGCACAAUUGGUGUCAUUACAAAACUUGAUCUCAUGGACGAUGGCACUGAUGCACGUGAAAUUCUUGAAAACAAAUUACUACCACUGCGCAGAGGUUAUAUUGGUGUUGUCAACAGGAGUCAGCGUGACAUUGAAGGUCGCAAAGAUAUAAAAGCUGCGAUGGCAGCUGAACGAAAAUUUUUCCUAGGACAUCCAGCUUACAGGCACAUGGCAGACCGACUUGGCACGCCCUACUUGCAAAGAGUGCUAAAUCAACAAUUAACAAAUCACAUCAGGGAGACAUUGCCUGGCCUACGUGAUAGAUUGCAGAAACAAAUGCUUACUUUAGAGAAAGAAGUCGACCAGUUCAAACAUUUCCGGCCAGAUGACCCAUCUAUCAAAACAAAAGCAAUGCUUCAGAUGAUCCAACAGCUUCAAGGUGAUUUUGAAAGAACGAUAGAAGGUUCAGGCUCAGCGCAAAUUAAUACAAUGGAACUGUCUGGUGGUGCUAAAAUUAACAGGUUAUUCCAUGAAAGGUUCCCAUUCGAAAUAGUAAAAAUGGAAUUUGACGAGAAAGAGUUGCGGCGAGAAAUCGCAUUUGCAAUUAGAAAUAUUCAUGGUAUCCGAGUUGGUCUGUUUACUCCAGAUAUGGCAUUUGAAGCUAUUGUCAAAAAACAAAUUAACCGAUUAAAAGAACCUAGUCUGAAAUGUGUGGAUCUUGUUGUAAUGGAAUUGUGCAAUGUUGUCCGAAUUUGCACUGAUAAGAUGGCCAGGUAUCCAAGACUACGAGAAGAGACGGAGCGGAUAAUAACGUCGCACAUUCGUGAAAGAGAGCAAAUGUGCAAGGAACAAUUAAUAUUACUAAUUGAUUGUGAGCUAGCAUACAUGAAUACCAACCAUGAAGAUUUCAUUGGAUUUGCAAAGUCAGUUGAGAGUGGAAAUCUAGAAAAUUCAAGUGCACAGCAAACAUCUGAGAAUUCCAACAAAGCUGGUCGCAAGCUUGGUAAUCAGGUGAUCCGUAAAGGCUGGAUGUGCAUCCACAACCUAGGUAUAAUGAAGGGAGGCUCAAGAGACUAUUGGUUUGUUCUCACCUCUGAAAAUAUCUCCUGGUUCAAAGAUGAAGAGGAGCGGGAGAAAAAAUACAUGUUACCUCUAGAUGGAUUAAAAUUGCGUGAUGUGGAACAAGGUUUUAUGUCUCGAAGGCACACUUUUGCGCUUUUCAAUCCUGAGGGACGAAAUGUUUACAAGGACUACAAACAAUUAGAAUUGAGCUGUGAAACACAGGAUGAUGUUGACUCUUGGAAAGCCUCAUUUCUACGUGCUGGCGUAUAUCCAGAAAAGCAAACUGAUACACAAAAUGGAGAGGAGGCUGGUUAUGAGCAGGGUGCAGGCGAAGGACAGUCGUCGAUGGAUCCUCAGUUAGAAAGACAAGUAGAAACUAUCAGGAACCUAGUAGAUUCAUACAUGAAAAUUGUGACAAAAACCACUAGAGAUUUAGUACCGAAAGCCAUAAUGCUGCUUAUUAUUAAUAACGCCAAAGAAUUUAUCAACGGUGAAUUGUUAGCUCAUUUAUACGCUGCAGAAGAUCAGGCAUCCAUGAUGGAAGAAAGCCCUGCAGAAGCUGCAAAACGAGAAGAAAUGUUACGCAUGUACCAUGCUGUCAAGGAAGCUCUCCGCAUUAUUGGCGAUGUCUCCAUGGCAACAGUUUCAACUCCAGUACCUCCUCCUGUCAAGAACGAUUGGCUCAGUUCAAGUUUAGAUAACAAUCCAAGGUUAUCACCUCCGAGUCCGGGAGGCCCUCGUAGAGGUGCUCCGCCACCUGCCUCGACUGGCUCAAGGGCGCCCCCUCUUCCCCCAACCUCUGGGAGACCAGCACCAGCUGUUCCUAACCGUCCUGGUGGCGAACCUGCACGAGGUCAACCCCCACCUCCUGGAAGACCAGGCGGUCAAGGACUUCCCCCACCUCUCAUACCAUCUCGUGGAGGGAUGCCUCAGUUACCGCAAAGAAUGCAGCAGCAGAUCCAGCAAGAGAUCGGCAAAGUCGUCACACAAACUGCAAUGAAUGAGCUCUCAAACGCUUUUGCCAGCCGAUUCAAGUAAAUCCAUCGUACAUAUUUUAAUUUCUUACCCAUUAAGGACUGUUUUGCGAAGAUUGAGCAUGCAGGAGUUCACUUUUUUCAGGCUUUGCAGGCGAUUCUUUGCAUAUUUCUCCUCUAGUAUUGAAUAUGCAUUAAGAAAGUUAUUGGUGUUGCUCACAUUCUUAAGACGGAUGCCUGCAAAAGAGAAGAUUUCAUUUCUAAGAAGGAAAUUCUAAUACAGGAAAUUAUCUCCUGUAAAUUUUUUGAAAUCCCUAUCAGUUUUUCCUUCAUUUGCAACAAAUUCCCAAAGAAAAAUGACCCCUCUUAAUUUUAAGGCCUCCCUCUUAUUCAGGUGGGCAAUUCACUGCAUAAGUAUGUGGAUUUUGUUGCCGCAUGAUAAAAUUGUUCAAAAUUUGAUGGAAAACAGGUCAUCUCAAUUGUUUAUUGUACAUAUUCAAAUAUUAAAUUAUCUGUACCCGGUAUAUGUAUAUAUUUUAAUUUCUGGCUGUAAUUAGACAAGAACUAAAGUUGUUACUUUGAAUGGCUAUUCGCUAUUUGCUGCUCCGCAGUGACAUUUCCACCAAGUUGAAAAAAAGGAAAAUGUAAAUCUGUAACAAUAAUCUUUAGUAAUUAGUCACGUACAAAAUUUUCUGUCAAAGAAAAUGAGUAAAUCAUUCGAUUCAAAACUCAACAAACACAAAUGAGAAAAAGAGACUGUUAUCUUGUAUCAUUCCUGCUAACUCAUAAAAAAUGAAAGGGGCAAACAUUGGUGCAAAAGAUCCGAGUUUAAAUAUGAAAUUACCUAGCAUUGAGACAUAUGAGAGUGUAUCAGUUCUUGAUGAUUAUCCUCAAUUGCGAGAUUCUAGUGUGCAUAUUUCCUCACACAAUGAAUUUAUGGAAGCUUCCUGGAGAAUUUUCUAACAUUUUACCAUUCCCUUUUCGUCUAAUUUUUAUUUUUUUGUUACUGCAUAAAAUUGAUUUUUUUUUUGUGUGUAUAUUUGUUUAAAAAAAUGAGAAUCAAUCAGCGUUUCACCCUGUCAGCACAGCUUGUGCAUCUCAUCAUCUGAUCUCUGUAUCAAAUGAUGCAGUUGUAAUGUAACUUUUAUUCUCCUCUUUUUUCAUCCACCUCUUGCUAUUGUAUCUCUUAAAUUACUUUGUAUUUUGAUUUAUACACAUCUUAAGUUCUACUUUAUUUUUAUUGGCUACUUUGAGAAGGAAAAGCACCAUCCGUACUAUUUUUAACCAAAAAGUUAGUUUUAGUUUUAUUUUUUCCUUUAUUUAACCUCUUUUUUCUAAGAAGAAAGUUGUUUCAUCUAAGAGAUGUUAUGUGAAAAAUUUUCUUCCGUCAAUCUGACUUUUAAUGUUAACUACUGACUCUUUGGUUAGAUGAUUAUUUCAUCAGAGUUAAACAGCAACCGUCAUUUAUGAAUUGUGAAUAAGUAUUGUAAAUACUCUCGUUGAACUUCUUUCACUUUCUGCUCGGUGGGAAACAAGCCUUCCUUCAUUAAAUUUCAUUCCAUUCCAUAAAAGAUAGAACAUUCUAGUUAAAGUUUUCCCCUGCCUAACUUACAGAAAAUGUUCUACUAAGAAAAGUGAUGAAGUCUGUUUGGGCGAGUCCCUAGUUCUCCAAAUUGGUAAUUUGAAGCUUUAUAGAAAAAUAAUUUCUAUUCAAAUUAAAGCCCCCCCCCCCUACAAUUGUCACCAUUAAUUUGUGCCUUGCUUCAAAUCUCACAAGUUGUGAAUAUCACUACCUUUAAACUGUAUUAGAGCCUGUGCCACAGUAAAACUUUUGAUUCAUUAUUUCCUGGGGUAUUUUAGUCUGGAAACAUUCAAGUGUACAGUGAAAUUUUUUGUGGUGGUUGUAUUGCUACAUCUAAGUCUCACCAGUGUUCUCUCUCUGAUUCGAAUCAAAUGCAAUCAUGAUUCCCCUGUUUCAAUUCAAUUUUGAGUGGUCCAUACCCAAGCAUAACUCCUUAUUUUUGGUGUUUCCUUGUUUCUCACAGAUGCAGGUGGCUCUGACACAAUUUAUUUUACCCACGAUUGUCAGUUUUUUUGGGGUAUUCUUCAUUUCUUGCAAGCGUUUAAGCUCAGUUUACAAAGUAAGCUUCUCUUGAAGAAUUGGAGUCUAAGUAUUUCAAGACGAUCAUCAAUUCAGAAUUCUGUUAAAUAUCAAUAUUUACUACUAUACCAUACUCCAUUUCCCUUUCUCACAGCAGUUCAGAAUGUUCAUUGGAUCAUUAGCAAGAUGUUCACUCACUUUGUUCCAUCAUCCCCUUGCUUACUAUUAAUUCUCUAUUCUACUAUGUAUGUCCCAAAAGUCUACCACCGUAUGAGUGAACAAAUGGAGUAAACAAAAUGAGGGUUGUAAGAGAUUGAAUCAUACAUAUUAUUAUCCUCCUAAUAUGACAUUGUCUAACUUGUCUGAUCAAAUAUGUAUUUUCUGGGUCAGAGCAAUGUGUGGUGGCAACAAGUUUGAUAAUACCUAGAAGUUGUUGAGCCCUUUAUGGAGCUUUCCAAAA